CCAUGCAGGUGGAUGCUGUUCUUGUGCUCUUCUGUGUUUGGCUCGCCGGUGCCUCUGGGAGGAUGACCCAGUCGAGGGGUCACAAGCUGGAGACCUACACACAGAGCAGGUCGCGAAGAGAGACCAGGAUGGACGGGAGUGGAGGUCAAAAAACCGGAAAUCCAAUUUACAAACGGAGUGCAGACAUGACAAAAACUCUGAUGACAAAAUCCGAGCAGCUCCUGAGAAUAGACGACCACGAUUUCACCAUGAGGCCAGCCUUUGGAGGUCCUCCAAUUCCAGUUGGAGUGGAUGUUCAGGUUGAAAGUCUGGACACAAUCUCUGAGGUCGAUAUGGACUUCACCAUGACUCUGUACCUGCGUCACUACUGGAAGGACGAGCGGCUGUCCUUCCCGAGCACCAACAACCAGAGCAUGACCUUCGACAGCCGCCUGGUGAAGAAGAUAUGGGUCCCUGACAUGUUCUUCGUCCACUCCAAGCGAUCUUUCAUCCACGACACCACGACCGAUAACGUCAUGCUGAGGGUUUACCCCGACGGAAACGUCCUCUACAGUCUCAGAGUCACUGUCACUGCCAUGUGCAACAUGGACCUCAGCCGCUUCCCUCUGGACACCCAGACCUGCUCGCUGGAGAUCGAGAGCUAUGCGUACACAGAUGACGACCUGAUGUUGUACUGGAAGAAGGGCAACGAAUCCCUGAACACGGACGAAAGAAUAUCUCUGUCCCAGUUCCUCAUCCAGAAAUUUCACACCACCACUAAGCUGGCUUUCUACAGCAGCACAGGCUGGUACAAUCGCUUGUACAUCCACUUCACCCUGCGGCGCCACAUCUUCUUCUUCCUGCUGCAGACCUACUUCCCGGCCACUCUGAUGGUCAUGUUGUCCUGGGUGUCCUUCUGGAUCGACCGCAGGGCCGUCCCCGCCAGGGUGCCGCUCGGCAUCACCACAGUGCUAACCAUGUCCACCAUCAUCACCGGGGUCAACGCCUCCAUGCCCCGCGUCUCCUACAUCAAGGCGGUGGACAUUUACCUCUGGGUCAGUUUUGUCUUUGUGUUCCUGUCGGUGAUAGAGUACGCGGCGGUCAACUACCUCUCCACCGUGCAGGAGAGGAAAGAGAGGAAACUGAGGGAGAGACUGCCGUGUACAUGCGGCAUUGGUAACCCUGACGACAUGAUCGACCCCCAGAUCACUGGCUACGGGUCCAUGGAUGUCAACAACACGGGGAAUUAUGGGAUGCCAGUGAACGGCGGUCGCCAGGACAGAAUGUUGGCCCAGGUGUCUCUGAAUGACCCGCAGAUCACAGGCCAGGUGAAGGCCUCCAGAGGCUACGUGAACGUUUGGAUAGACACCCACGCUAUAGACAAGUACUCCAGGGUUAUGUUUCCUGGAGCGUACAUCCUCUUUAACAUCAUCUAUUGGUCCAUCUACUCAUAACCCGGGGAUGCAGAAGAUGAUGAUGAGACUCGAGGAGCAGGAGGAACAACACGUGAUGCUUUUCAGACAUGAUGAUGCAUGGGGACCACUGACAGAUUGGUGACCAUUGCCUUCUCGACCCAGCCACUUAAAACUGGAGAAUUUCAAAUCAGCUACAGACGGACAGGAUGGUCGACAUAGCUGUUUUUAUCACUCCGUCAAAUCUGUGUGGUUUCAUGUUGUAAUUAUAGACGUUUGGAUAUCGUUGUGUCCUGAAAACGUACUUCACAGAGAGACUCACACACAUGGACCUGUGUUUCUGUGCAGCUCAACUCACUUCAGUUAUCAAUGCAGUGACUCUUUACAACUCUUUAAUGAAAAUAUGAACUGGAAGCGGAUUACUGACACAUUCCUUCUCUUUUGUAUAUGAACUAGACGUGACAAUCAAUGGCAAACUGAAAAUAUUCAAGGUUGGUUUGUCGUUAUUAUAUUCUAGAUAUGACCUUUCUUUUUUGUACUUGUCUUUUUUGUUCAAGUAACAUCACCAAGGGCAAGCUGACAAUUCAAACUGUGCACCAUUAUCCUUGAAUCCCUGCAGCAGAGAGAAAUGAAAAGAAUAAAGCAUCCAAAAAGAUGUCCAGAACAACUCUUUAAUGAAAAUAUGAACUGGAAGCGGAUUACUGACACAUUCAUUCUCUUUUGUAUAUGAAUUAGACGUGAAAAUCAAUGGCAAACUGAAAAUAUUCAAGGUUGGUUUGUCGUUAUUAUAUUCUAGAUAUCAUUCUUCGUCGUAAAAAUCUCAACUCUUGGAUGAGAAAAAAAAUGAAUUUUCUUCUAAAAACCUGAUAAUGUGAUUAUUUUAAAGUGUUUCCUUUGCAGCACGUUAGUUUGAUUCAGAAUGUGUUAAAUGUUCUGGUGAUCUUUGUAUCAGUGCAAUUAUUUUGCUGUCAAGCUUCUUACUGUCGUGCAUUUUUGUAAUUCGACAAAGUUCAAUAUAAAGAAAAAGAGCAAAAAAUGCAGUCAAUAAAAACACAAAUGUUAAUAUGUAUGUUAAGUAAAUCCCAAACAUGAAUUAUGGUAUUGACUAAAUGUACUAAUUUCAUACUUCAAUAUUUUAUACAACUGAAGCUCAUCUCCUCUGUUUGAUGUUGUGAGGCUUUGAGGUUACAGUGACCUGUUAGUUGCUAGUGUUAUCGUCUUUUUCAGCUAUAAACUCAAUUAUGUUUUGGUGGUUAAUGACAAUUUUAUGACAACAAAAUCUGAUAUUAUAGCAAACGCUGGUAAAAGAUGUAUCAAUGGGAAACAUGUUGGAUAAUGAGCUUACAGGUGCUGAAGAACACAAUCGCAAUACUGUACAUUUUAAAUCUCCUCAGUGUAAUACAUAGAUGUAAAUGGAUUUUGCUGCAUGGCUGAAUAUCGCUUCUUUCUGAAUGUUGCUUCUGAAGACAUCAAUUAAAAUCUGCUCAAAACA